AUGGCAUCUCACAAUAUGAUCCUUAUUGUCCUCGCAGCUAUUUUUACGGCCACCCAAGCUGGUUUAAUAGGUCACCAAGCUUUUGUAGCACCUUAUGCAUCUUCUUACAACGCCCAUCACAUUAACCAUGCUGUAGCUCAUCCAUUGCUUGCUCCUGCUCCAGUUCAUCCUCCAGCAGUAUUUGCUGCACCAGCACCUGCACCAGCUGUUGUUGCAGCUCCAGCCCCAGUUGCACUUGCUGCACCCGGACUCUUGGCUGGCCCAGUUCCAGCACCACAUUUACACGCCGCACCAGUAGGACCACAUUUCCUGCCAGCUUCAUUACCAUUUGGUUAUCAGGCCGGACUUCCUGUUAAUUACAAUGUGUGGUAAAGUAGGGUUAAGAAUAUGAGAAGGCUAGUUUAGUAAAA